UCGAGACCAAGCCAAGUGAGCGCGAGAAAUAACGACGGAAGGUGCCCACCUACAUUUAGCCGCAUUGAACGAUAAUGCAGACAUGUGUAAGAUUCUAAUCGACGCGGGAGCCAAUAUCAACCCAGUUUUGCGAACAUCCAAAAAUUCACUAAUGACGCCCAUGGAUUGCGCGCUCCAGCGUGGAUUCAGGUCAACGGCGAAGUAUCUUCAACUCCACGGCGGCGUUCCAGCGAACCGUCUCACUGGCCCCUCUCAAGGACCCGCCAUCUCGAGCGCCAUCAGUUUGCAAAUUAGAGACGACGUGACGCUUUGGGGAGGUACAAGUUCGGAAGGUGAAAGUGAGGACACCAAGCAAAAGAAAAAGAAGAAAAUGUACAAAAGGAAGUUGGACUACAAGUUUGAGAAGAAAAAGGAGCCGAUAUCUUUAAGCGAUUUGGAACCAACCAAAUUGUGUGAAUUAAAUUCGGCACAUUCUGUCGAGAAGAGCAACACUGUCGAACGUAAAGACGCCACAACGUCUAUAGAUAACGACAAUCCGCAUCAAAGUGAAAUUAUAAUUUAUGCCAAUGAAGUGAAUAUCAAUGAAAAAUUGGGGGACAUAAAAAUAGAACGAACAAACGAAAUUUCCACCGAACGAGGUAAAAUUAAUUUAAAUUAUACUAAAAGAAAUAGUUCUAGCUCUGAGAGACGACCGAAAAGUGCGAAGUAUGGUAGACUUAGAAAAAAUAAAAAAUCGAUCGAUACGAAUGAAGUAGAACAACAAGUAGGAGAAGAAGAAUUUACUGGAAAAAAAGAUGCUGAAAGUGAUAUAUCAGAAAAAAGAAUGCAAGUAAUAGAAGAUCAUAAUGAGCGUACGCACGAAGAUGACGUGGAAAAAUGUAAUAACGUUGCGCCUUUGGAAAUGGCGCCAGAAGCUGCACUUGCGUGUCAAUCAAAUGGCCAAUCAGCAAGGUCUAACACCAGUUUAGAAGACGACGAUGGUCAUAAAGAAAUGGUGGUUGAAGUAUCAGUGCAUUCGCCUCCUAAAACACCUCAAUUUGAUACGAAGCAGGCUAUUCCAAGUAACGUUCAAAAUGGCGAAACUAAAGGGGAUGAAGGCAAUGUUGCACAUGAAGUGAUAGUGGAUUUGCCCUCAACAAACGACGUACCAAAAGAUGUUCAGAUCAAACAAGAUCGGAUAGAUAUAAAACACGAACCAGAAGAAGAUAUCAGCCCCACUGCCAUAAACGGUGGCGAUGCAAUCAGUAUCGCAGAUACAAAAGUAAAUGGAUCUAAGGAACCUACAACUACUCCGGAUAGCGGCAAUGUAUUGAAGACAAUCGAGGCUUCGCCUUCGCAGCAGUUAUCUGACAAUAACGCUAAAGACGAGUGUAUGAAUGAAGAAAGUGCCUUAACAAAUAAUCAAGUGGAGGACAAUAGCUUGGCUAAUCAAAUUGACGUUACUAUAAAAUCAAAGAAUAACGGUGCUCAAGAUUCACAUGGUAAAAAAAGCGAUGUGGAUACUCAUACGGUAGAGCUAGAAACGCAAACUGGUGCUCAUGAUCUUACCCCAGUUGGUUUCCCCAAUUCUAAACCAAGAGAAAGAUCAACCGAUACACUAUCUGAUGAAGAAAGUUCCUCUAGUACUAUUAAUACAAAACAGCAUAAGAGCUUUACAGUGUUAAAUGACGAUGAAUAUGCACACGUCCCAGAGGUGAAGGCCUCGUCGGAAAGUGGAUCACCUAAAAAAUUUAGUCAACACGAACGACUGCGUCGUAGUAAAAUUCCCACUCCGAUAUCUAACCUGAAGUCUCCUCUGUCGAAAAGCGAUAGAUACUUAGAGCGUUCCAAGCAAGACCGCACUGGCAUUGACAUUCGUGUUCCAUCACUUCCAAAUAUUUACACGGCUAAAGGAAUGGAGUUAAAGGAGACACGUCCUGUUUCGAAUAUAUCCGCACCGAUAGCGUCAACUUACAGUGACAACGACAAAGAAACCGGAUCAGAUGGUGAUGAAAUGGGUAGUGCCAACAGGCGAAAAAAGCUGAGAAAACGAUCGAAAGGAAGAAACGCGAAGAGUGCGGGUAGCGACUACGACAGUAAUUUGAUUGAUUCCGGUUUUGAGCCCAGUCCCAGGAGCACGAGGUUACCAAAAUCGAAGCAUAUGACCGAACGCGGGGUCAAUAUGACGUCCGUUACUCAAACAAUCCAAUCCAAUAUUAGGAGGUAUCAUUUGGAGAGAAAAAUCUUUCAGCAUUUGCUAGAUCUAAAACGGUUGCAAAUACGUUCGGGCCAACACAACGAAGCUGUGCUAGUGAAACGUGCAAUAGACGCUUACCAUCGGUCCUGCGCGGCAACUGUAGGUGCCGGUCGAUACCUAUCUCAGGACUACACGUUCAAGCAGUUCGAAAAUUUCCUCUACAACUCGUUGCGCAAGAUACAGAAGAACGGAAGCGAACAUUUGAAUGGACUUCCCGAAACACCCCGGAAUCCGUUGCAUUGCACUCAAAGCACACAUCGUUGUGACCACGCUACUCACGCCUACACGGGAGUUCCGUGUGCUGCUUAUUUGCCCAGGAUGAACCAUCACAACAUUCCAAAGAUCGGGUUUGAAUGUAAACCUUCAAAUUUUUUACCGAAAAUUGCCUCGAAGAACGCUGUAACGUUGGAGUUGUGCCACGGAAACGACAAGCAAGUGAUUUCGCUACCAGCAGAACGUUUAGAUCAAAAUAAGCGAUACUACGUUACUUUCACUGUAAAGGGAUCAGAUGAAAAGUCCAGUAAUGACUCAGUUCCGAAUUCACAUCUACAUUCAAAGAGCGAUUAGCCUCUAAGGAUUAUUACGUAAUUCUGUGCCUCUAAAAGAAAAUUAUGUGCAAUAUUUUAUUUGAUCUGUUACAUGUAAUAUAGUGCCUAUUAUUUAUUCGUACAUAUUUUAAUAAACGUUAUAGGAAGUUG